UCCCUCUGUUAUUCAGCAUUGGUAGUUUCUCUCUGCUUACUUUGGAAGAACUUGAGGUUGGAAUAAUAAAAAGCACCGCAGUCCUGCUUGUAAUUUCCCGUGCAUUUUAAAAAAGGAAACCCAUUUCAUGGGUCAUAUUUUUACUCGCAGUCUUUGUGGCUACAUGUUUCCCAUUCAUCAAAUUUCCUCGUUUUCCUCUCGAUCUAGACUGAAACAAAUCUGUCUGUCCCCACUCUUGCAGCCUACGAGGGAUCUGGAGACUGGAAGGGGAAAAUAGCGGGAAAGAGAGGGGGGGAUUGAUUGUUUGAGGGUCAUUGGUGGUUUCAUGUUUCUCCUUCUCUGCUUUCGAUUCUUCUGCUUGCUCACCCACUCUCUUUUUCUUUCUUAUCCCCCCCCCCCACUCCCACCUCCGUUAGUUGAGCCACACCACAUUCUCAUACAGGAAGAGAGGGAGACAGACAAGAAACUACAUCGUGAGGAAAACGAAUGCAGGGAAAACCUUUCAGAAAGUCAAAAUGAGCCGAACGGGCCAACUGGGCUCCCAGUGAUCCAUAUUGGUCUGGAGGGGAACGGACAGAUUCAGAAAGAGUUGCUGAGCUCAGAUUUGGACAUGAAUGGCAAAACGAGUAGCAGAGGGCCUACAAACAACGUCGUUGAGGCAAACAGCAAUGCAAACAACCUCAGCAUGGCAUCUCAUUCAACCUCAGAGGCCCAGAAUCACUCACAGCUGGUUUCACGGACGCCUAAGAGAGCUGCUACAUUUGGGAAGCGCUCCAAUUCCAUGCGGCGUAAUCCAAAGGCUGAAGUGACCAAACAAGGCUGGCUCCAUAAACAGGCCAGCAGUGGUGUGAAGCAGUGGAACAAGCGCUGGUUUGUGCUCACAGAUCGAUGUCUCUUCUACUAUAAAGACGAGAAAGAAGAAGUUGUCUUGGGCAGCCUUCCUCUCCUCAGCUUUAAGAUAGGAUCAAUCCAGGCUUCAGACAACAUCAGCCGCAAGUUCGCCUUUAAGGUGUGGUUUGAGGUAGAGGAAGAAGACAUGGAGGGGGAAAAGGAGGACGCUAAAGGCGGUAUUGCAUUCUGUUUGCAGGCAGAACACGCUGGAACUCGUACAUACUACUUCAGCACUGACAGUUUGGAGGAUAGGGAGGAGUGGGUCCAAGCCAUGAGUGAGGCAGCCAAGGUCCACAUUUCACCCCCUACUAGAAAAACCUCAGAGCCCGUCCCUACAGACGAGCAGAACCAUGUACCAGUGACACAAGCACCACAGACCAGUUCUUGUCCAAAAGAUGAGGACUCAAGGACUGAGCAACACGAGCCUGAGAAACGUGGAGUAAAUGGGAUAGAAAGAAGAGCGAUACCGGCUCUCACCACACUAGUGUCGAAGGAUAUGGACAGCCGGCUUGGAGAGAGGGAAUGCCCACCUCCUCACCAUCCUAAUGGAUGGGGCAACUAUGGUUCAGGUUACCCUUCCCAGGAGAACAUAAGAGAGGUGCAUGAGGUGCAGCCCGAGCCCCAAGAGAACAUGGUGCUGCGGAGGGGCUUUGUGCCCAGGACAGGACCUGAGAGGAUGGCACAGAGGAAGAGCUCCAUGACACAGCUGCAGCAGUGGGUGAACCAGCGGCGCGGCAUGACGCCUCAGGAGGAGCUGCAGAGUCCAUCACGGUAUUACAUGAUGAAUCGAGGCAUUUCAGCAGACUACUAUGGCAAUUAUGGUGCCCCUCCGUACCCUGAGGAGUACUCCCUGUACCCUCCAGGAAUCCGGCCUGAUAGCAUCUGCUCCAUGUCAGCUGCCUACGACAGGAUGCCACCCCGCUGGACAGCAGAGGAAAAGCGGCGUUCACUGAGGGAUACUGCUCUCUUUGGGCCUCCCCGUGAGCCCCAGUGGAUGAUGGGGCCUCCUGGACCACACCCCGCCUAUUACACCCAGCUAGAGUCAACCCAGGGGACCAUGAGACGUUUGUCACUGCAGCCACGCUCACGCUCUGUGCCACGCUCGCCUUCAUCAUCAUCAGGAGGUGCCUACUCACCCGGGCCACCGAAUUUCAUCUCACCAGCACGCUCACCCAGUGUCCGGUUCGACAGAAUGCCCAUGCGGCUCCGAGAUGAGGGAGUUUAUGCUGAUCCAUCGGUCUAUGGCAUGCGAAGAUCUCUCAGUUCCCCGAAGUAUGAUUUUCCUGGGGAUCGACGCUCUCUCACCCAAAAUGUUUACCAUUACAACUACCCAGCCUCCCCCUCUGUACAUGGUAAAAUGGAUGACAUUUUAGACAUGCAGCUUCAGAGGAACUUGGAUUACCUCGAUCAGCAGGUGCCUCCUGUGCAUGACAUUUACAGGGACCUGCAUCCCACGCUGAAGCUCAAUGAAAUUGAGACCAGUAAACUGCUGAAUCGCUUGCUUGAGCAGAGCAGGCUUCUGAAGGAGCAGGAAGCUGUAAUACAUCGGCUACGAAUGGACAAGGAGAACUUGGAGGCCACGCUGGUGGCCACACAUCAGGACAUGGAGCUGUGCAGGACUCAGCCACUGGCCAUGGAGAAACUGCAGCUGAAGAAGGAGAGCUUACAGAAUCAGCUCAUCAAUGUUCGAGGGGAGCUCUCUCAGGCAUCCAGUGCUAUGACCACCUCUAAAAUGGAGUUUGAAGUUCUGGAGGAUGAAGUAAAUGCUAUACAUGGUGACCUAUGGGAGCAGCUGAAUUCUGGAGGACAGAACGAGCUGGUCCACCGACACUUGCAAAAAGAGUUCUGGAGGGUUCAGGAUGUGCUCGAGGGGCUGCACAAGAACAAUCCCUCUCGAGGCACAGACACAGCUAAGCACAGAGCAGCCAGUGCAGCAUCAGGUUCCUUCAGUACAAACAGUCCCGCGAGCCCACUAAGCUCUGUGAGUCUAACCAGCCCCCUCAGCCCUUUCUCACCUGUACCUGGCUCCCAGAGUUCACCCACAAAACAACUGGCAACAGAGCACAACUACAGUUCAUUCGAGGAAAAGACCAACGAUUACGACUUGGAGCAAGACAAACAAGGCAAUAAAGUUGGUAUUGUCCCACCCAGGACCAAAUCUCCCACAGAUGACAAGGAUGGUGCCCAUAAGAGGAAUGGGAAAGUGCCUAAUGGUCACAUCUCCAGGGAGAGGCCGAAGAGCGCUGUUUUCCCGACAGAAGUAAAGUCUAAGAUGAGCAUAGAGGAGCAGAAUGAGAGGAUACGUCGGAACCAGAGCAGUUCAGUCAGAGACAAGAGACGCAGCCUUAAUCUGUCCAACAACCAGAACUUGGAUGGCCUCAAACCUUCUGUCAACUAUAGAGUGGUAAGAAGAAGAUUGACUGCCCAUGAGGUGGACAUAAAGGACCUGGAGGCUGCUGUACGAGGGGAAGGUGUGGAGUCUCCAAGGGAAGAAAUUGCUCGCCUACGGAGACAGGUGGAGCCUGAGAAUUAUGAUCUGGAUAUCAGCAAAGAGCUGUCUGCCCCAGAAAAAGUGUUAAUUCCAGAGCGGUACCUGGAGAUUGAGCCCAGCAUGCCACUCAGCCCAGAGGAGGAGAGAGAGAAACAGAAGAAGGUGGAACGGAUAAAGACGCUCAUUGCCAAAUCAAACCUGCAGAAUGUUGUCCCGGUGUUGGACGGUCCUGCAGAAAUCCAGGCUAACCCUGAGCAGAAGCUGCAGGAAGAGGAGAAACGCAUCGAGAUCUCCUGCGCUUUGGCUGCUGAGGCCUCCCGCCGCUCCCGCCUGCUCUCUGCCCAGAUCACCCCGAGUCCCCCCGCCUCCCCAACCAACCUGGCCCCUCCCCCUUCCUCUGGCUUCUCUGACUCCUCCCACAUCAUGAAGGUGUGAGUGUGUGAAGCUCAAGCACUGGCUGCUGUCAAGUUCGAUGGUGAACCCUUCUGAGAACAGCAAACAAAAGACACACAAAAAAUCACUUACAUUGUCCCAUCUCCCCCAAACUGUGUAUUUAUCUCAGUUACUGACACAAUAGGAGGAGGAAAUACUACAAAAUGUUUGGAAGUUGGAGAUUCAAGGGUGUAAUCUCAGAGAUGCGGUACAGAGGUAACAUUCCCACGGUGGACCUCUCUCGCUCUCAGUCACAUGCUUCUCUCUCGUGUAAGCCCUUCCAUGUAGGACCUAAUGGCAGGACUGUACGAUGGAAACAACAGAUAUUGUAACAUAACGAAAGCUGCAAACUAGCCAGAAAGUGAGAUUUGUUUACACAAAACUAUCUACUCUGUAAUGACUACGGUGAGUGUCAUACUAAUCCUGAAAAGACUGGCCAGGUACAAGUGAAGACAUGAGUACGUCAGUAACAGAGUGACGGCCGAGGAACAGAGAUGGAUAACAAGAUACAGUGUUACAGUAGAAAAAGUGAUGGUCCGAGAGGGAGAGGAGACAGAUGCAGCGUCACAGCAAGUGGAGCAAGGAAGCGCAGGAAUAGAGACAGGAAGUAGCAGGACCCAGACCAACGAUAAGAGGAAGUUGACCAAAUCAGCACAUCAGUACUCGACCACAGAGAGACUGAAGACUAACUUCAUAAAAGCUUAACAUCUAGAUCUGCGUUUCACUCUGCUACGAGCACCUCCAGACUCAUCCAGUGACCAUAGACCAUAGACUGAUGUCACAUUCUGGCUACAGUGAAAAGGGACCCCAAGAAGCUGACAGAUAAAAUACAGUCAGAAGAGAGCAUUUCGGUGUGAAGCACUUGCAUGGGCACGUCUUUCCUCAUUCUCUUCAUUCCCUCUUUUCAAAGGAGAUCAAGACUCACUGUGACUCCAUAAAUCCUCUUUUUGCUAUAUAUACACUUUAUGCUAAAUAAUAGGGCUUGAUGGGAACACUGGAUCCCAAUCAUCAAUAGUCCAGUACCUUAGAGUACCUUAGAGUGUUUGCACCACAGGUUCCUUAUGUAUCAAUAAACACAGCAUAUACAGUAUAUCUAUAGACAGUGUAUAUAUAUAUAUAUAUAUA